GUCGAGGCACUGAGGCUCUUCAGAGGGAGACGCAGGACGAAGAGGAAGGAAGUGAAGCAGCAGCAGGAUUUUCUCAGAGUUCUGAUCCGGAGCUGAAGAUGAAAUUGUGUGUUCUGGUCCCGGGUCUGGUCCCGGGUCUUGUCCUGGUUCUGGCCCUGGUCCUGACCGUCUGCGUGGCCCGGUCUCCGUACCAGGCGGUUCUGCAGCACAGCCGGAUCAGAGGACGACAGCAGGGACCGAACGUCUGUGCGAUGCAGCAGAUUAAAGGAACCGAUAAGAAAUAUUUCACCAACUGUAAACAGUGGUACCACCGCAAGGUCUGCGGCAAACCCACGGUGAUCACGUACGAGUGCUGCCCCGGAUACGAGAAGAUUCCAGGAGAGAAGGGCUGUCCUGCUGCGCUGCCUCUGGUCAACAUCUACAACACCCUGGGCGUAGUUGGAGCCUCCACCACUCAGAUGUAUUCUGAACGGGCCAAGCUGAGGGAGGAGGUUGAAGGUCCCGGGAGCUUCACCUUCUUCGCCCCGAGCAACGAGGCCUGGGCCGCGCUGCCCAUGGAGAUCCUGGACGCUCUGGUGAGCAAUGUGAACAUCGAGCUGCUGAACGCUCUUCACUACCACAUGGUGAACCGCCGCCUCACCUCCGAGGAGCUGAGACACGGGUCCUCGUUCGCUUCCAUGUACCAGGACCUGCACGUCCACAUCCACCACUACAGCAACGGGGUCGUGACGGUAAACUGUGCUCGUCUGAUCAAACCUGACCAACACGCCACCAACGGCAUCGUGCACGUGGUCGACCGCGUCAUCACCGCCAUCUCCAACGACGUGAACACGCUCAUCGACGUCGAUGACGACCUGGAGACACUGCGUACGGCCAUCGCCGCCGCAGGUCUCACCCCCAUGUUGGAGAGCGAGGGUCAGUACACUAUUUUUGCUCCCACCAACGAAGCCUUUGAGAAGAUUCCUCAGGAGACUCUGAACAGGAUCCUGGGAGACCCCGUGGCCCUGAGAGACCUGCUGAACUACCACAUCCUGAAGCAGAUGCAGUGUGCGGAGUCGGUGGUGUCGGGGACUCCGAUGGAGACGCUGCAGGGCUCCGUGCUGGAGGUCGGCUGUGACGGAGACCAGAUGACUCUGAACGGGAAGGCCAUCAUCACCAAGAAGGACCAGCUGGGAACCAACGGAGUCAUCCACUACAUCAAUGAGCUGCUCAUCCCAGACUCAGCAAAAACUCUCCUGGAGCUCGCUGAGGGUUCACCUGUUACCACGGCAACCAAACUGUUUGUUGAAGCCGGUCUGAGCCCCCACCUGAUGGGGUCCGAGGCUCUGACCAUGCUGGCGCCGCAGAACGAUGCCUUCAAAGGCAGCCUGACCAUGUCUCCUGACAUGAGGAGGCUGAUGACCAAUCACAUGCUGAAGGAGACGCUGUCCUCCAAGUCUCUGUACCACGGUCAGGAACUGGAGACGCUGGGAGGCCUGAAGCUCCGAGUCUUCGUCUACAGAAACAACCUGUGCAUCGAGAACGCCUGCAUCGCCGCGCACGAUAAGACUGGACGUUACGCCGCCAUGUUCACUGUGGACAAAGUCCUCACUCCACCGAUGGGAACCAUCAUGGACGUCCUGAAGGCAGACGACCGCUUCAGUGUCCUGGUCGGUGCCAUCCAGACAGCAGGUAUGACGGAGCUGUUGAACCAGCAGAGGGCGCUCACCUUCUUCGCUCCCACCAACGACGCCUUCAACACUCUGCCGAGGGCCGAGCUCAACAAGCUGCUGCGCAACCAGCAGGAGCUGUCAGUCAUGCUCCGGCUCCACCUGGGGGAGGGCAUGUUGGUGAGCGGCGGCGUGGGAUCUCAUACCAGAGUCAAACCUCUGCAGGGAGAGAAGCUGGAGCUGGGCGUGCGCAACUACACAGUGUAUGUCAACAAGGUUCCCGUAGCCGACGCAGACCUUAUGGCGACUAACGGAGUCGUCCACGCCGUCGGCAGUAUCAUCAGACCACUACCUCUGAAGGUGGACAGAGAACAGGCCGACGGACCUGCAGCUCCUCUCAGAUCAGACUCCUCGUCCAGGGUGCUGGAGUCCAGGAGCUUCAGGAACGACGACCUCUUCCAGAAGGUGGUGAGGAGUCGCUCCAGCAGGACCAUGAGUCAGUGACACACCCCCAAGGGUCAAAGGUCACAAACCUUAGUGGAAAAAUCCCCUGACAUCCUCUCACUCCGUCGGCAUUUUUAUUCCCAAAGAUCCAGGUCGAACGCGAGAAUCUCACUCUGACCUGAAUCAAACAAAUAAAAUCUGUUUUCAUCUGCGUUUUAAUGUGAAAAUCAGGAUUUGUUUCUUUACAUCCCGGGCCUUCUGGGAAAUGUAGUGUUUUCAUCAUCUGUGACGGAAGACGGAGGAGACGGAGCGAGAGGAUCUCAAGAGGAUUUUUCUUCUUCAUUUAUCAAACCAUGUUUAUGAAGGUUUUUAAUCAACUUGUUUUCUUUGAACUGUAAAAAAAACAAAACUAUUUUCACUACACCAGAAGUUUGAUGUGUAAAACUUUGGUCCUGCAGCAGGUCAGGGGUCAGGGAUCAGUGGUCAGGGGUCAGGGGUCAGGGGUCAGGGAUCGGCCUGGUCCUGCUGAGCUCUGCAGAUUCUUAGGGUUUUUGUGCUGUUUUGUAAAAUAAAAAUGAAAAAUGAAAACACAA